AUGCAGCAGUACCAAGCUAAUGCUACCACACCGGGGCCUUCGAGCAUCAAUGAAUUUGUGAGAAUAAUCGAUGAAAGCAAAUCCAAGACGACUAUGAGAUGUAUGGGAUCUCGACUAUGCACAUUCUUGGACAAGACGCAGCAGUUCGCCGGCGUCGCGGACACCUUUGUCAGCUCCAACCCCUCAAUAGCCGCCCUGGUGUGGGGAAGUGUGAAGAUGGCCAUUUUAACGGCGAACAAUGUGGCUUCUUAUUUCGAAAAAGUCACUAACCUGAUUAUGUCAAUCAGCAAGCUUUGUCCAAUCUAUGAAAAGUUCGGCGGUCUGUAUCCAGGAUGCGUCGAGCUUCAAAAUGAGCUUCCUUUCGAAAGCGACUUUAAGCCAUUUCUUGAACUUUUGGAAAAGUCGGAGAAAAACGUCGCUCGUGAGAUACAAUUUGCUUCACUGAAGGCCAAUCAGGACGCAAUCAAAUUGCAGGAGUUCGACAGCAAAAAGGACGCACGGUUUCGUCUCGACUUUUACAAAACCACCAGGAAACAAGAUGACGAAGCGAAUGAGUGGCGCAUUGCCAAAUUGAAAAGAGAUUCCGAAAGAUUGCGCUCCCGCAUUCGAAAAAAUCUCACUUCAAUCGAUCACUUAACGCCAUGGAAACAGGCGAUUCGGGAACGAGUCUCGGGAACAGCAGAGUGGUUAUGCCAAGAUGAUAUCUUCGAACCUGGCAAGAUUUUCUAUCUCAUUAUCGAUGGGUUAGACGAGUGCGACGAAAAAGAAUGCGAUGAAGUCAUCUUGAAUCUCACGCGCCUUCGUCAAAGUGACACUCGCACUCUGAAAAUCUUCAUCGCAAGCCGGCCCGAUAUCGAGGGACAGCUUUUCGGUGCGGGCAAACCACAGUACAGGAUCUCGGUAACUGAAGAUAAGGUCAAACCCGGCAUGGAACUUUACAUCGAUGUAACGCUGAGUCGCUUGUUGGAAAAUGGGAAGUUGAAGCUGAGAGACGGGAGGCUCAUAGCUACUAUAUCGCAAGCCCUACUAGAUGGGUCAGACGGAAUGAUUCUCUGGACUCGUCUCUUUAUUGAAGAGCUCUGCGCACAAGGAAGUGACAAGGAAAUUUCCGUAGCUUUAACCCAACUGCUUCGGGGUCUCGCUGAGCUUUAUGAUCAGAAGCUCCGUCGCGUGACGAGCAAACCCAAUGUCAAAAACACAACCGACAUGCUGCGAUUCUGUGCUUUCUUGAAACGAUCAUUAACGCUUCUUGAAUACGAAGACCUUCUUGGGAUUAAACCAGAGCAAGAAUCCCAUCAACCUGGAAACUGCCCCAAUGAUAUGAUCCAAGUCAUCAGCAAUUGUUGUGGGCUAAUUUUCGUUGAUGAAGAGGACAGCACAGUGCAUUAUGUUCACCAUAGUUUUAAGGAGCAUCUUUUGGCAAGCAUGGACCAGUUUUCUGGCACAAUUGACGUGGCAGACGUGGAUCAGCAUCUUGGAAUUCUUUGCCUUACAUACCUCGAUUUCACUGAUUCCAAACGUCAGCUAGCAAGAGUAUGGGAGGGCUCCAAUACUCCUAUUCAACCCUUACAACUCGGUGUCCUGCCUCUUCCUAGCGUUGGGAGAAAGGUAGCCUUGGAGAUCCUAUCUCGUGGUCGACACCUACGACAUUUACGGUCUGCAGAGGUAGAAAGACAGACCGUCAAAAUAAUUGAAGUCUCAAGAGCACCAAAAUUGGAGCAUGGGCGCCAGAGGAGCUAUCUUUUUCUGCCCUAUGCGCAGACCUAUUGGAUCGAUCACCUGCGAGAAUUAAACGUCCCGAAUGGUAGCAAGAUUUGGCGAUUAUUCUCUCAAUGUGUCGAGGGCAGUGAUAUACCGGCAAGGAGACCAUGGGAUAAAUAUCAGGAAGCUGACAACCGAUCUGACGUGAGAAGGUCAAAGUGGUUAUUAACGCAUCAGCACCGUACCUUGCUCUGGUACUGCGCAAUACACCAAACCUUGACUGAGGGUGACCAUUGGAACCUCUAUAUCCUUGUGGAAGUUGUCCACCGACUUGAACAUGACUGUGGCUUGAGAGAUAUUUUGCCACCUUUUUCACAAUCCCUCCGUCGGACCACCACAUUUACGUUUUGUGACUAUUCCCUAGCCGUUGCUUCGAGAUUAGGGUGUGAAGAUUGCAUCGAGUACCUGAUCCAAGCUGGCGGCCGCCAUGAUACCCGAAUUAAUCAAAUUUCUGGAUUCAAUGCUCAGAAAGUCCUCCAAGCAGCAGUACAGGGAGGUCACCUACAGGCUGUGAAAACAUUGACACAAGCAAAAGUCGAUAUAAAUGCGGCUCCAAAUCCAGAUCGAGAACGAACGGACCAUCAAGCUGCGGCUGGAGGAGGCCAUCUUGAGGUUGUGAACGCCCUGAUACAGGCAGGUGCUGAUAUCAAUGCAGCUCCAGCUCAAGACCUUGGACGAACGGCUCUCCAAGCAGCAGCUGGAAGUGGCCAUCUUGGGGUUGUAAACACAUUGUUACGGGAAAAUGCUGAUGUGAAUGCGGCCCAGGAGAAGUAUUUGGCCAGAUUGCCCUCAACGCGGCGGCGAAAACUGGUCAUCUUGAGGCUUUGA